UCAAAAUAGACGUGAGAGGUUGGAGUUGUAUCGCAAAACAUUUUCAAUUUACAUUACGAAAAGAACUUCCCAUACAUAAUGCCCUACAUUUAACUUGCUACGAGAACUUGUGACUUAAAACAGAAAAUAUGGAGCGCGGCAAAAUGUCUUCUACUGGCCGCGGAGGGAAAAGCAAAGCCCCACAGCAUCCUCAGGAUAUCUUCGCUUUGGGCAGCAAGUCUACUGUUGUGGUGUCUCGCGACGCGGAAAAAAGGAAUAUACAUAAACCUUCGACAAGUGGCAUUGGUGAAAGAAAGCGUGAAACAGCAGGAUUUGGCAGUGCACCUCCCAGCAAGAGGGCUAGGAUUGGUUCACCAGCGGAGGCAGUUACUGGCACUUCCUUGGAAGUGGACCCUGUGGACCUGGUUCCCAAUGUGUUGCAGGCUUUGGAUACACACAACUCUGAUAAAUUGCUGGGUCUCCUGACAGGUUCAAUACGUCUCCUGAAGUCCCAGCGUUCUAAGCCAGACCCAAUACUAUGCAUGAGUAUGCUGUACUUAACCAAGAUCCGCCCUAACAUGUUCGCUCAUGAGACUGUGACACAGUCUCUGUGCACAUUGCUGAAGAGGGAACAGGGUGCUGCAUUUAAAAGCAAGGGUAACCCGCUAGUGUUCGUGCUGGCGUGCAAUAUGCUGUAUGCAGGACAUAGAGACAAUAACAGCUGGCCUGACACUUUUAUAAAGGUGUACAUAGAGGACGCGCUGAACGAGCGCUGGUGGGUGGACUGCACGUGGUGCAAGUGCCUGGUGGAGAACAUCGUCACGGCGUUCGGCACCAAGCAGCCGGCCGCGCAUCUCGUGCCCAGCGACAGCGCGCUAGGUUCUGGUUCGCCAUUGAUGGGCAGCACGGAAGAAGACUUAGACAACACAGAGCUCGACUACACUGUAUUCCCCAGAUAUUCCAGCAGCUAUGAGACGGUGGAGGCCCUGGUGCUUGAGGCCAUCCGCGAGCAGAUCCAGCGGAGGGCGGCGCCCGAUGCCAUAGGCAAGGGGUUCCUCAAACUGCUGUCCGCCACGUGCGGCUUUCCCGAGAUCCGUAUGAUAGCAGCGUCGAGGUUGGAAGCUUGGCUACACUCGGGCAAGCUAUGGCGAGCCGCGCAGGAGCUAUUGGCACAUGUAUGUGCCAACGCGGCUGCGUCCGGCCCCAGCGCCGCUCGGGACCACGAGGUGUUGGCUCAACUAGCUCGCCUGCGGCUCAAGACCAAGCCUUUGCAAGCUGCUUAUCAGGCAUGCCUCAGGGAGAUGGUGUCGGAGAGCCCCGCGCUGCUGCGCAGCGUGGUGACGCACACGAUCUACAACGAGCUGUCCAACGUGCGCUCGCCCAACAACAUGGCCGUGCUCGCGGCGCUCAUCAACGCGCAGCCGCAGCUGGUGCCGGCCGCCAUGGCGGACACCUACCAGGAGCUGGUCGUCCGCACGGAAGACUACUUGCGGCCACUGCGAGCGUUGACGCGGGAGUGCGUGCGCGCCACACGCUCCGACGUCGCCGCGCUGCUUCCGCUGGCGUGCGCGCUCGCACACCCGCCGCCCAUGGACCCGCCGCAAGAGAUCCGCGAGCGCGCGUUCCAGUCGGUGGCGGACCUGUUCUGCGUGUGCAGCCUGGUGACGGCGGCGCACAGCAAGCACGCGGCCGACUACCGCGCGCAGCUCACGGCGCUGCAGCAGCAGGCGCUGGGCUGGCUGCGCGACACGGCCGCCGCCUACCGGCCCGCGCGCCACGACUACCUGCACGUGCUGCACAAGAUAAUGUUCGUGGAGCCGGUGGAGACGUACAGCAAGGUGGAUAACUGGCCGCCCGAGUCGGAGCGUGCGCUCACCUACAGGCUAUGCUGCGAGACGCCGCUACCGCAGAACACGCUAUUACGACUUAUCUUCAUUGGUCUCUCCAAGGAGAUCCCGGUGUCGCCGACGGAGGUGUUCGAGCUGAUCGAGCAGCUGGUGCGGCGCGCGUGCGCACUGCCGCCCGAGGAGCAGCCCAUGCCGGUGGACAAGCUGGAGAUCGCCGACUACAUCUUCCAGCUGUGCCAGUUCCACCCGCCCGACAACAUCACGCUGCCUGCCGGCUACACGGCGCCGGCGCUUGCCAUCACGUCGCUGUACUGGCGCGGCUGGAUGCUCCUCACCAUGCUGGCGGCGCACAACCCGCAGGGCUUUGCCGAGCGCGCCGCCGCCGCCUACCCCACGCUGCGCGCCCUCAUCGAGUGCUGCAUCACCGGCAAGCCGUCCAUCGAGUGGAGUUGCGCGGCGGAGAGCGAGCGCGCGGAGGCCGAGCGCGCCGCCGUACUGCAGCUCGAGAGCCACCUGGCCGCCGCCAGCAACGCCAAGCUGCCCGUCACCGAGCACUCCUCGCGGCUGCUGGCACAGCUGACGACGCUGGAGCCGCUGGGCCCGGCGCGGCGGCCGCCGGGCGGCGUGCUGGAGGCGCUGCAGGCGCUGAGCGGCCAGCUGCGCCUGGGCCGCCUGCUGUGCCGCCAGCCCGCGCUGCUGCUGCAGCUGGUGGAGCGCCACGGCACGCGCCGCGCCAUGCCCUGGCUGCACCAGCUGCUCAAACACGACCGCCUCGAGCUCAGCGUGCUGCCGGUGCAGUGCCUGUGCGAGUUCCUGUCGGCGGGCGGCGCGGGCGGCGAGGCGGGCAAGGCGGGCGAGCUGUGCGCGCACCUGCGCCGCACGCUGCACAGCGAGGAGGGCGCGCGCGCCGUGCUGCACUACUACCUGCAGCGCCUGGCGCACUCGCACAAGUCCACGCGCCAGUCCGCCAACAGGGGAUUGAAACUGGUGCUGUCCCAGACUGAUGACGCGACGGACAUGGAUUACAAUGCAGACGUUAGUCCUGAGUCUUGGCUCCCGCUGUUACCCUCCCUGGUGCACUGGGAGGCGCUGCGGGCGGAGGCGGUGCGGCGCGUGCGCGCGGCGUGCCUGGUGGAGUGCGUGCCGAGACACGUGGCCGCGUACCUCGGCUUCCUGGCCAGCCAUGCCUCGCAGCACGACCUCACCGACAUUGUACUGGACCUGAGCCAGGUGCUGAUGGAGCGCACCACGGUGAUGGGCUGCGUGCUGCCGCCCGUGUGCGCGCGCGAGCUGCCGCGCACCGACGCCGCGCAGCACGCCGCGCUGCACGCGCUCACCACCCUCUUCCACACGCACCUGCGACAGAUGCUGUCUUCUACCGAGCCAACUGAAGCCACUGAAAUAUUGGAAGAAGGAGUGGAAGGUUCUAGCGGGUGUUACGCGGGAGAGAAAGUGACCCUGCAGUGGGCCAAUGGGCGGCGGGCCACAUUGCACGUCGUGGUGGCGCACGCACACCUAAAACUGCUGUGCUAUGGUCCCUCGUGCUUGGACACCAACCAAGAGAUGUACUCCUGGCUCCAAUCAACAUGGGUGGGCAGCGACGCACCCGAGGCCUUCGUGUCCGAGUCGCCUGACGAGGCCGUACUGCUGCCUGACUGGCUAAGACUGAGUCUCGUGCGAUCAGCGAGGAAGCCUCUGUUGGAAGCCGGUCUUAGAGGGCUGCCGGCACACAAGCUGGCGCUGUUUAUACAAACGUUUGGGAUGCCUGUAUCUUCAAUGAGCGCGUUGUUGGAUGCAUUGGACGCGUGUCCCGCCGGUGCCGUAGUGCGGCUGGGCGUCGAGCGCGGGUACAUGGCGCAAUUGCUGCUGGUGCAACGAGCUCGAGGUGCCGUGGGCGGCCACGCCUUUGCCGCUGCGCUCAGACUCUCCAGGCCUCAAUACCCACCUGAUGACACCCUGUUCACUGAAGAAGUCCUUCCGGAAGAAGAGGAAGACCCCUGGGCCAGUCCGAGAGAACCCAUCAGGUUGGACGCCGGCUCAAUAACUGCUUUAUUGGCCACAACAUUUUCUGGAGCAGAUAUGUUCCGAGGUGAUUUGGAUGCCGCCUUCAGGCAGCUGCAUGGUUUAAUAGCCGACGAAGCACGCGGCGGCGAGAAUCCGUGCACGCGUGCUACGCUGUCCUUCCUACUCACUGUAAACGUAGCGGCGUUGCUGCGACUGCCAGCAUACGCGGCGCCGUUGCUUCGUGCACUGUUUCACGCCAAACCGUCAGGAUUCACUGAGGUGGCGAAGAAUCUGCUGAUGCAGUGCAAGUGCGCGCGCGGGCCCGUGGCGGACGCACUGCGCAGUGCGGUGGGCGCAGCUUCGAUGAGUGCGGACCACUCCCCGCUGCCCACCAUACCGCAGCGCGCCAGCAAGGAGCAGCUUGUGGCAGCAUUCGAGUCCACAACACCAAGCACUCUGGAAGCCGUUGGCAACAAGAUCAUACAGUCUCAAGACACGAAGGUGGUUGUGGACACCAUCACUCAUCUCCUGGACAAGAACCAGAAGAACUGCUACGAGCUGACGAUAAAGGUAGAGGAAGACGAGAAGUGCAGCAAGCAGGCGGCGCACGUGCUGUCCGUGCGCGGGCUGGGCUGCGGCCUGCUGCUGGACUGGCUGUCCGAGCUGCAGCGCGAGACGCUCGGCACACAGAUGCGGCUGAUGUUCGUGCGCGGCGGCGGCAGCUGGCGGCCGCUGCUGGUCACGCUGCUGGCGCACCGCGCGUCGUGGCGCACGCUGCACGCCUGCCUGGCCGCCCUGCUGCAGCCCGCCGGCUGGUCGGCCACUUCCGUGCUAGACUUUGCGGAGACGUUGAUAGGCAGCCCGCGAGUGUGGCAGGGCCGCGACCGCGCCACCCCCAAGCACCACACGCCGGAGGACUCGCUGCGGCUGACGCAUGCGCAGCUUGACGUCCUCAUCCAAUACGUGAGCGAAGAAGCGAGCGAAGCAGAAGCGUCAGAGGGCCUCGAAGCAGCGCGCAGAAGCAUCGAAGCACGGUUACCGCUCAUCUUACGAUGUUGCUCCGCUCCGCACGCGUUGCUAGCCGCAGCUCUGGCUGCUUCGAAAGCGCAUCCAUUGCUCUUAGUACUGCUGUACAUGAAGGUGCCGAAGGUGCUGCAGUUGUUGCGCGAGUGCUCGGAGCGGCCGCCCGCCGCGCCGCCGUCCGCGCCGCCGGAGCGCCUGCAGGCCGCCGCGCGCCGCUCCACCAGCGCCACGGACCGCGUGUCGCACGCGCUGCUCACCACGCUGGCCGCGCCGCCGCAACACCACUCUAAGGAGCACUCGCAGAAGAUGUGUCGCGCGGAGGCCAACGCGCGCGCGGUGUGGGCGCGCUGCCGCGGCGCGGGCGAGCGCGCGCUGCCGCUGGCGGGCGCGCUGCUGCGCGGCGUUCGCGGCCGCUCGCACCAGCAACACCAGCACCUGCUGGCCGCGCUCGAGAUCCUGCCCGACGAUGACUUGUUCGCGCCCGCCGCCAGCGAGGAGGUCCACAACAUCUUGGAGUGCUUCCUCACCAUGGUGAAGGAGAGCGGCGCCGGCUCGGGCUCGCUGGCGCACCGCGUGGCCGCCCUGCUGCGCCGCUACCGCGCCGCGCGCCCCGCCCGCGCCGCCGCGCUGCUGGCCGCGCACCGGGACACCGUGGCGUCGCAAGCUGCCCUCAGCGGGCUGAUGGGCGCAGAGGGCCCGCCCGCGUCGGUGGCCCCGCCGCCGCACGCCUUGCACGAGCUACGUCGCCGCGUUGCGCCGCCGCCAGAGCUACAUUGGCUGCUGCAGGAAGUGGAGGCGUGGGGCGUGAGGCGCGGGGGCGCGUGGGGCGGCGCGCGGGCGGCGGACGCGCUGCUGCGCGCGGUGGCCCCGCUGGCCGCGCACCCGCACGCGCCGCUGCGCACGGCCGCGCUGUCCCUGCUCGCGAAACUGCUGCCGGCGGCUCCCGACCUGCACCCCGGCCUGCAAGCCAUCCUCGAGUGCCUGGACUCGAGCCAGCCGGAGGUGGCGCAGUCCGCGGUGGACAAGCUGCCGGAGCUGGUGGUGGGCAUGCAGGAGCACGCGGCGAGGAUCCUGAUGCGCGUGUUCGAGCUGGGCAUGAAGUCGCGCCUGCCCGUCGAGCCAUGCAUCGCCAAGUGCGUCGCCACCAUCAACCUUAACCGGGGCUGCUGAGCGCCGCUCGAGGUGCCAAGCAUCGUUAGCCAUCGCGACACUAACAUUGUUCAAUACCGCGAAAUAGACAUUGGCAAAAUAGCGCGAAAGUAACAAUGUUGAAAACACUUGUAUUUUUAAAUACAGCAAAAUUUCCACUUUCACACACCCCGAAAGUAACAUUCUUAAAUAUAAACUGGGAAACACAUUACAAACCCCAAAACGAACCUAAUGCAAUAGCGCGAAUGUACACUUUUAAAAACCGGGAAACUGACAUUGUUAAAUACUGCAAAAGUAACGUCUUUACAACAAAAAAUACUGAGUUAAUUAUUUACUGCAAAACCAUUGUUAAAUACCACUAAACUGACAUUGUUAAACACCGCGAAACUAAAUAGGUUAAAUAAGCAUAGAGCCAAGUAUACAUUCUUACCGGCCCUACCAAAAUUGGAACUGAAAACCAAGACUGAAAUGCAGAUGGUCCAGCUAUUCGUUAUAAAUAGAUGUUUAUUUGCAUAAUACUGCCAUUUAAGUAUCAAUUACGAAGUCACAGUGUAUUGCCAUUUUGUCAUUUUGCAAUAACCCCAACGCUGACACUGAAUACGGGCCAGGUAAGUUAGUGGUUCUACGUUAUAACCCAACAUGUUCGGCAUUGUCAUGGAUUUGCGGGUGGUAUCCACGACGAUUAGUAUGGAGGUAACGAAUUUGUUAUUUAAUUUUAAUGUCGCAGUUACGUCGUGUGCCACCACAAAUUUCACGAAAUCGCGACCAUUAACAUCUAGUUUAGGAGUAUGUAAAUAUACAUUAGCUUUAAAUAUACGGUAUUAAUUUACUA